UUAAUGAUGUCAUUUAUGACGUGUUUUCUCUUCUUGUGUUCAGAUGCCUGUGAUCUCACACUGGAUCCAAACACAGCACACACUCAACUCAUCCUGUCUGAAGGGAACAAAAAAACAACAUAUGUGAAAGAUCGUCAGCCGUAUCCUGAUCAUCCAGACAGAUUUGAUGACCGGGAACAGAUCCUGUGUGGAGAGAGUCUGACUGGACGCUGUUACUGGGAGGUUAAAUGGGAAGGCUCAGGUAAUGUAGCGAUUACAUAUAAAGACAUCAGCAGGAAAAGUGGAAUUAACAGUUCGUUUGGAUUCAAUGAAAAGUCCUGGAGUCUAAAUUGUUCUGACGUGAAUUAUACUGCCUGGUACAAUAAUAACAGCACUGAUGUAUCUGGCCCGUCAUCCCGCUCUAAUAGAGUAGGAGUGUAUCUGGACUGUCCGUCCGGCAUUCUGUCCUUCUACAGCGUCUCUGACACAAACACACUCACACACAUUUACACAUUCAACACCACAUUCACUGAACCCCUCUAUGCUGGAUUUGGGUUUUAUCCUGAUUCUUCAGUGUCUCUGUGUCAGAUUUAACAACCUCUUGUGAGAAGACCAUUUCCACAUCAGAGCAAAACAAUUAAAAGGCAUUUGUGAUUGUACUGUAUAUCUUGCAUUGACAACUUUCUCUUUCACAAUUAUGACAUCAGUUUAUAGUCACAAUUUCAAGAAAUAAAGUUGCAAAUGUAAGCUGUAGUCACAUUGUAACAUAUGAAGUUGCAUUGUGAGAUGAAGUCAGAUUGCAAUAUUAAGUUGCAGUUCUGAGAUUUAAAGUUUCAUUGUAAGAUAAAAGGUCACAACAGAAAAGCAUUUCAAAUUUUGAGGUACAAGGUCACAAUUGCAAGGGAAUGAAUGAAUGAAAUUCUAUAUACACAGUACACAGGGAUAAUAAUAGUCAUUAAUUAAAUAUAGAGCACUAGUAUGUGAGUUUGAAGCUGUAGGAAUUUCUGGGUUGUGUUUGACUGAAAACUGUGAAAACAGUGGUGUUCAGUGCAUUAGGUUCAUCUUCAUCAAGCUAUGGAGGACAACUUCCAUAAGAGCAACUAAAAGAGAAAAUGUGAAGUUUCACACACAGUAACACUGAACUGUGUUACAGACUCACACUUUCUGUUUGACAGGAAAGACAGUGUUAACUAAGUGUCAUAUAAAGAAGUCAAGCUGUUUAUUUAUUUAUAAUAAAUACAAUUUUAUAACUUUUUAA